UGCAGGAUUGACACAGUGGGUUGGCCGCUAGUAAAAAACCUGAGAUUUUUUAAAGACGGCAGGAGCCCGUGAUAGACAGGAUUUCUGCAAGAUUUCAGUCGACUUGUCGUCUGCAGCUUUAUGAAUCCUGAGCCUGCCGGUCUGUCAGAAACUGGGGCGGAUACGAAGUCCGACCAACACCCUGCGAUGGAGGACAAUGUAAAGACUGAGGAGGAGGAGAAAGGGGCAGGGACAGGGUCAGCCUUGCCCAAUGGUAGCACACAGCCCCCCAAGCGGGGGCGGGGACGGCCGUUGGGGUCGGUUAACAAGAGGCCCAAGCCGGUGCGGAUACCAGGAAAACGAGGGCGGCCUCGAAAGCUAGUGGACCCCUCGACCCCUGUUAUAACGCCUGGGACAGGCAGGAAGAAGGGCCGUCCCCGGAAAGAGGUCAAACGAAGGGGGAGACCCAGGAAAGUCCCCCUCACACCUGAAGAGGAGGAGGAGCGGAAGAAGAUGAAGGGCAAACCCAAGGGGCCUCGGGUGUGGAAGCCCUUGGGUCGGCCGCGGAUAUACCCCCGCGUGGAGCCCCCCGUUCCGCCCGUCCCUGCUGAGCCCAGGGGCAGAGGACGUCCGCGCAAGUCCAGGCAGGGGGCGCACUUGCGCAAGAACAAACCGGCCCCCGCCGCUCCCACCCCCCGACCUCCAGCAGCUGACGGGCUCCCCCGAAAGAGGGGACGGCCGCCGGGUUCGGUCAAGGUAAAGAAGGACGCGUCGGCCUCCUCGGCCGCAUCCGACUCGGAGCAAAACAAGGCCAGCCCACCGCCCACGAAACGCACCCGCCGGUCGAGCGGCAAGGCAGACGAGCCUCAGGAGGCCAAAUGCCCGGACGAAGGAGACAGGACAAAUAAGUUGAAUGCGGAGGACGCCGGAGACAGCCAAAACACGGGCCCAGCCAGGCCCGAGGCCAGCGCCGCCUCGGGCGACCCGGCGGUGAGCGAAGGCGCAACGGAAGAUUGCAAGGAAGAGGGGAGCCUAGCGGUGCCCAACCAGCGCAAGAGGGGGCGCCCCAAGAAUUUGUCGGGACAAGUGGUGCAGGAAGACGCGGGUGGGGAUGAGGGCGUGGCCAAGAAGCAUGGCAGUGGCAGGAAGACUGCCUCACCCAGGAAAGCAGCUAUUGGGAAAGGAAGCAAAAAUGGGAAGCCAGAGAAAGAGAAGACUCAACGAGGGAGUCAGGCAAAGAAGAACAUCAGCAGCAUCUUGUAGGGAGUUGUUAGGAUGGGCGGGCAGAUGGACGGACGGAUGGACAUGUUUCUAAGCGUUUAUGGGAUUACCCUAACCAAAUCCCAUUGUUUUUAUUGAUUAAUCAACUUUCCAGUUUUUAUUUCUGCUUUUAAAGACUAGUCUAGGGGAUUGCUGCCUGAAGUUGAGCUUAUUUUGUAAACCCUCUUCAGUCCCUGAAUGAAAACGGAAGAUUGUGUGAAGGCACGGUGAAAUGCCUUCAGAUAUCUGUGUUGAGUAUGUCCCCUUUAACACUAAAAUGAAAUUAUUG